CAAAGGGAUCCCCGAGAAACGCAACACGAGCAGCAGCAGGAGGAGGCAGCCGGUUUCUCCUCUUUUUACCUUUCUCAGAGAAGAAGCAAGACGAGCCACGAGGCUUUAUAACUCUUCCAGGACUCGUCUCUCUUUAAAAAGAAAAGACGAAGAAGCCACCCGCAGUCGCUUCGCCUGGGCAACCCAAGUUUUCAGGCAAGGGACUUGUUCAGACGCCCUCUUUUUCCGGCUCUCAAGUUCAUUUUUCGCCGGAUCGCAUUGAAGAGGGAGGGAAAGGAACACAAAUCCUCCUCAGAACAAGACAAAGAUGAACUCUCAGACAACCAGCUGUUUCUUCUUGGCUUUUGCCUUCCUUCAGCUAGUAAACAGGGUACUUUCGUCUUGCCCGGCUGCGUGCCAAUGCCCUCUGGAGGUCCCCAGAUGUGCCCCAGGAGUCGGUCUGGUUCUGGACAGUUGUGGAUGCUGUAAAGUCUGUGCUAAACAGCUCAAUGAAGACUGCAGCAAGACGCAGCCUUGCGAUCACACCAAGGGGCUGGAAUGCAAUUUCGGCGCCAGUUCCACAGCUCUAAAGGGGAUCUGCAGAGCACAGUCAGAAGGGAGACCCUGUGAAUACAACUCCAAAAUUUACCAGAACGGAGAGAGUUUUCAGCCCAACUGCAAGCACCAGUGCACAUGCAUUGAUGGAGCUGUUGGCUGUGUUCCUCUGUGCCCGCAAGAACUCUCCCUUCCUAACUUGGGCUGCCCUAACCCAAGAUUAGUGAAAGUGCCUGGCCAGUGCUGCGAGGAAUGGGUCUGUGAUGACUCCAAAGAUACCCUGGAAGAACUGGACGGAUUCUUUGGCAAAGAGUUCGGUGUGGAUGCUUCCGAAGGCGAAUUAACCAGAAACAAUGAGCUAAUAGCCAUUGUGAAAGGAGGGCUAAAAAUGUUGCCCGUCUUCGAAUCUCAGCCUCGCAGCCACUCGUUUGAGAAUUCAAAGUGCAUUGUGCAAACAACGUCAUGGUCCCAGUGUUCAAAGACCUGUGGGACUGGUGUCUCCACCCGAGUCACCAAUGAUAAUCCUGACUGCAGACUUGUCAAAGAGACCAGGAUAUGUGAAGUGAGGCCAUGUGGGCAGCCCAGUUAUGACUCCUUAAAGAAGGGAAAGAAAUGCACCAAGACCAAAAAGGCCCACGCUCCAGUCAAGUUCACUUAUGCAGGAUGCUCCAGUGUGAAGAAGUACCGGCCCAAGUAUUGUGGCUCGUGUGUAGACAGCAGAUGCUGCACUCCUCAGCACACCAGAACUGUCAAGAUCCGGUUCCGCUGUGAUGAUGGAGAGACCUUCACUAAGAAUGUCAUGAUGAUCCAGUCUUGCAGAUGCAACUAUAACUGCCCCCAUGCAAACGAGGCCUACCCUAAUUACAGGCUAUUCAAUGACAUCCACAAAUUUAAGGACUAAGUUGUGAUGUGUUCAGGCUUGAGCACGAGGCUUUUGUUUUUGUUCGGUUUUUUACCUUUUUUUGAAGUAACAGUGGAGAAAUGAACUCUUAAGCAAGUGGUGCCUUUGCCCAUUGGAGGGCAACACUGAGACACAAGAAUGCACUGUGCAACUGGAUACUAAUGCAACAGUUUGAGCAUAUUUAAAGCUUCAUAAUACUGGAGCAAUCUUCUUGCUUCAUUUUGGAGCACUUUCAUGAUUACUGAUUUCUGUUUGUAACUGAUCUGUUUAUACGUUUGUCCGUCUGUUCUGUCUAUGAAUACCUUCCGUUCCCUACUGAUCAACAUAAUACCACACAUUCGUUGUUGUUCCAAACUCAUGUUGGAGGUUACAUUCCUUCCUAAGGUGGGCACUUUUGGAGUUCUCAUCUAUGGCAGCUAUAGGUACCAGCUAUAUAUUUCAUACCCACAAACAGAAAUUGGUUGUUGUUUUUUAAA